CACGACCCCAGGGGAACUUCCGGGAGCUACUGCGCAUGCGCACACCGCGCCGGCUCCGGAAAGACGCCAUUGGGUCGCCUGACAACGGACUAGGUACAAAACAACAACAACAACAGUGAUUAUCAUAUAGCUGGAAAGAAGGGCAGAGAAAACGCCCCUGAUUUUAUGCUGGACAUCUUAACAGAAACUGCUACCUUAGUAUGAAGAAGGGAAGAGGAAGGACAAGUCGGAUCAGAAGGCAGAAGCUCUUCAGAAGUUCUGAAGCAAGAGGAGUGACGGAGAGCCACAAGCCUGAAUUUAUAGAGCUCAAGAAGUGGCUGAAAGACAGGCAGUUUGAAGAUACAAACUUAACUCCUGCUCGCUUCCCAGGCACAGGAAGAGGGCUUAUGAGCAGAGCACCCCUGCAGGAGGGACAGACGAUUAUCUCGCUGCCCGAGAGCUGCCUGCUCACCACGGAGACAGUGAUGCGAAGCUACUUAGGGCCGUACAUUGCCAAGUGGCGGCCUCGCCCAUCUCCCCUGCUGGCUCUGUGCACCUUUCUCGUCUCCGAGAGGCAUGCGGGGUCGCGAUCUCCCUGGAAGCCUUACCUGGACACCUUACCGAAGGCCUACACCUGCCCCGUUUGCUUGGAGCCAGCAGUGCUGGGUCUUCUUCCCAAACCUUUGCAAGCCAAGACCGAGGAGCAAAAAGCCCGCGUGCAGGAGCUCUGGGCUUCCUCUCGAGGCUUCCUGUCUUCCCUGCAGCCUCUGUUUGCCGAGGCUGUGGACAGCGUCUUCAGCCGCGGCGCCCUUCUGUGGGCAUGGUGCACGGUCAACACCAGGGCCGUGUACUGGGAGCGCCCGCCGAGCCCGUGCUUUGCGGCAGAACCCGACACCUGUGCGCUGGCCCCUUACCUGGACCUGCUCAAUCACAGCCCGGACGUCCAGGUAAAAGCCGCAUUUAAUGAAGAAACCCGCUGUUACGAAAUCCGGGCGGCUUCGAGUUGCAGGAAGUAUGAAGAGGUGUUCAUCUGCUACGGGCCCCACGACAACCACCGACUGCUUCUGGAGUAUGGGUUUGUGUCCGCCCGGAACCCCCAUGCUUGUGUUUAUGUCUCCAAAGAUAUACUCAUUAAAUAUCUCCCACCAGCAGAUAAACAGAUGAACAAAAAGAUUUCCAUUUUAAAGGAUCACGACCUUAUAGAGAAUCUGACGUUUGGCUGGGACGGGCCAUCCUGGAGGUUACUCACCGCCCUCAAGUUGUUAUGUCUCGGAGCCCAGGAAUUUCUGUGCUGGAAAAAAGUGCUUCUUGGGGAAACCAUUUCGGAUCUGAAUGAGAAGAUCAGUCUGGACAUAGCUCAGCAGAUAUGCCUGUGUUUCACAGAGGAGACGAAUGCUACGCUUCAGAAGGUUUCCCGGAUGAAAGACGAAGACGCAGCUUGGAGUGGCCAGCUGACGCUGGUGGAAGCCCUGUGGACGGAGGAGCUGAAGAUUCUGCAGGUGUCCGCCGAGGUCCUGGCCCGAUCGCGAGCAGCCUUCCCGUGACUCCGCUGCACCCGGUCGCCUCCCCCGAGCGCCUCUGACAUCAUUUAUUGACUUAUGACUGCGAGCGGGAGAACUGAGCACUGCCCAGCUCUGGCUUAUGAUGGUGCCAGGGAUUGGACCCGAGACUCCUGUGGCCUGGGGCCGUGCGUCCUCUACUCUAGCCCCACGGCGCCAUCGCCUUGGCCCUUACACAUCUUUGAAAUCAAUCAAUCCGCUAUUAUUAUUAUUAUUUUGAGACAGAGACAGAAGAGAGAGGCACGCGUUGACCAAGCACCGAAGCGCCCUCCCUUGAGUGCAGUGGGGGCCGGGCUCUCCUGUAGGAGUCGGUCCAGGACCCCAGGGGAGGGAGCUGGGGGCGGCCCCCUCAACAGAAGCUCAGCCUUUCGCCCGCUGCUCUCCCGGCGCGUUCACCGGGCUGCCAGCAGGAAGAGGAAAGCUUUUGUGCUCCGUUCUUUUUGAAUGGUCACCUUAGUGGUCCGGGAGGUGGCGCACUGGCUAAGGCACUAGACUCUGAAGCAUGAGGUCCCGAGUUCGAUCCCCGGCAGCACUUGUAUCAGAGUGAUGGCUCGUUCUUUCUCUCCUCCUAUCUUUCUCAUAAAUAAAUUAUUUUUAAAAAGAAAAGUCAC